AUAAACCUCGAUCUCAUUCAUCAGGUAAAUAUGGCGGAAGGAACAACAAAUCUGAUUCUAUCUGCAGCAAGGCUGAAAUAGACUUCUAACAAGAUGUAAAUAGUGGAAUUGCAAAGUAGAAAGGCAGCACAGAGUAUCGUUGGUCAUAAACUGUUUAUUAAAGCCAGUAUUUGUGUAAUAAACAGGUAUAUUUUUGGAGGAUUUGGAUGCAAUAAUAGGCCGCAACAUGAUCAGAUAUCAAUUCCGACCCAACCUUGUCGACCAUUCUCAGAUAUUUGUAAUCGUCAGGCCAUUUUAUAACGCAACUGACCAAGAUUUGGGCUCUGUUAAUGAAAAGCUCGGCUGUUAUCAAUUUGCUAAGACCCAAAAUGACAGCAACAGAAUCAUACGAUUCAAAUUUCACAAAGGAUUCCCGAGAGAACAUAUGGACUGGGGCAAAAUGCAGAUUCAUAGAAGACCUGUCGGACUUCUUGGGUUUGCAAGGCUUUCACCAGAUCCAAGUUUGCAUUCAAAAGACAUGGAUAAAAUUAUGCACAGAUUUGCAAACAUAAAGUUGCAAUAUGAAACUGUUCUCUUUGACUCAAGGUGCAUUGUACUUUGCUCAGAAAAGCCAGCUGGUCCCUCAAAUCAAAACUUUAUAUUCCUUGAAGAUUCUGACGAUGGGCAGAGUGCAGAGUUUGCAGAAUUUAUGCAUGAUUUUAUGUCUUCACUAUUUGUUGUCUUGGAAUCUAAAAGAAUUGAGAAAAGCAAUGAGAAGCUAGAAAAAAUGGAAAUGCCUAUUGCCCCAAUUGAGCAAGAGCAAGCAGUUAAUGAUUUUGAUACAAGAAUAAUGAAAAGAAAGGUUCUGGGCAGAAACAGAAAGUUAUUAGCUGAUUUUUGCCUCCUAUCCGGUAUGUACCAAGAAGCACUGAUUCAGUAUGCUCACUCAUCAGAAAAUCUCAGAGCUGUAGCAGAUCACCUUUGGAUGGGUGCAGCUAUUGAGGGACUUUGUGCAGCAAGUCUUCUUAUGACAAAAGUUGAAGUACCAUCAAUGGAUUCAAAAUUCACUCUUCAAAGCUCUGGCAACAGCAGUGCAUCUCAGGGAGAUCUGAAUCUUGAAGAUGACAAGAGCAAAGUUUAUGUUCCAUUGACUGAUGAUGAGAUUAUUGCAAAAUACAGUGAAGUUCUUUCUUGCUAUAGGAGGUUUCAAACAGGUCAUAUUGAGAUGGAGGCACAUUUGAAGUUCAUAAGACUGCUGCUAGACAUGAAGAAAGUUUUAGAAGGAUGUCAAGUCAUUCAAUGUCUGCUGAGCUUGCAUCUUGGUUACAAUGAUUCUGAAAGGAUCGACUUGUGUCAAGUGCUGGCCUCCCUCUUUGACCAAAUCAACCUUAAAAGGAAAGCAGCAUUUUUCAGAAGAAGAGCUGCUCAUCAUGCUUUCAAGCAGACCAAUGCAAACAUAGGCAUGCUUAGAUAUGCCAAUGGUGCAUUGAACAAAACUGCAAGUGGGUACUUCCUUGAUCUGAAGACACAUGCAAGACCAAAACAGGGCACCCAAUGUGGAUGGUCUGCUAUCCAGUUAAAACUGCUUCUGGAUAUGUUGCAUGUAUCCAAUCGGCUUGGUGAUACAAUGAAUUGCGUAAGGCUGUUAUGCUAUAUUUUGGAAAACUACAGUGGGAUUAUUCUUGAAAAUCGAAAAGCUGAUUUGAUAAAUCGUUUGGAAGACUGCUCCGCAAAGGCUGAAGAGCAAAGAGCAACAAAUAAAGUUGAUGAUAUUGAAAUGAUACGGUCAUUGCCAAUCGUGAGAAACUUCCAACCAAGACCAUUAGCCAAUCAUUUAAAGCCCAAAAAGCAACAACUGGAACCCGAGCAGGGGGGUCCGUUUAUAUUUUCAUCUUUGUCCUUCCAAGCAAAAAAGAAAAAAGUUAUUGAAGAGGUUUUGUGGGUUUGCGGCGAUGUUGUUGAGGUUGGAAUGACUGUUGACAAUCCUUUGCCCGCUGAGAUCAAAGUCAAGCAAAUGAUUCUUGUCACUGAAGGAAUUCAGUUUGAGGCCUUCCCAGCAACCCUUGCACUGCCAGCAGAGUCAGGUUCCUUCCCGUUUAUGCUCCUUGGGAUUCCACAUACGCCGGGCAACCUUAUAAUUAAAGGCUACAAAGUCGACGUAUUCGGUAUUGAAAACAUGGUAUUGUUAGAUGAGCCAAUCACAGUGAAGGUUGCCCCGAGCUUACCCUUGAUGCGAUUAAGCAGCACCCUGCAAACUGCUUCGUUUCAAAAUCCAACGAACACUGAGGACGAGCAUUACCAGACCCUUUUUACGUCAUUAUCAUCAUACAGGGGGCACAGUACGCCAACGACAGUUACGAUCGAGAACAUUGGCAAAAUCCCAAUUAGAAGCAUUUCAACAAAAAUCAAGAAAGCGACUGAGAAAGUUCCCUCUUUUGAUGAAAAUGCUCUUCAGUCUAUUGUCCCUUUGGAAGCCGGCCAGUCUGCCGAGCUGCACAUCCAGUUGAUGAGUGAAGAAGCAUGGAAAAUUCAGCCAUUUGCUGAAAAGAUACAGUCAACAUUGACAUUUUUCUACACCGGUGAUGAUGAUUCAAGUGCCGGUUUUGGCAGGGAAAUCUCCCUUGUUGUCGACAUAAAAGUGAUGCCCUCACUUUCAAUCAGCAAUUAUGAUGUAUACGAGAUUGACAAGCAUCCAUGCUGUUGCUGUUUGUGCUUCGACGUUCAAAAUCAUGCAUCGAUCGAUAUGAUGAUUGAAACAAGUGUCGUCGAAACAGAGGACAUCAAGCCAGGACUGAAUUGUCCCCAUAAAACAGAGACAUUCAUGCAGGCCAAAGGCCGAAAAACAAUUGGAGUUCAUUUUCCCAGAUGUCUCCUUUUUCUCCCAAACUUGCGAAUGAAUGAGAAAAUCGAGAAAGUUUACAGUAAAGCAGUGAAAGAUGCUGUCAAGAUAUGUUGGAAUCUCUCUGACAGUCGGUACAGUGGCACCACAUUUUUAGCAGACAUCGAUUGCACAGCGGAAAUGGUGAAUGUUUUGAAACCACGCCACCUCGAAAUGAGAAUAUCGGUGAACAAUUCUUUGCUUCAAGAAGGCGAUAAAGUGUCAACGUUUGUUGGUCAAAUGACACAUUUGCAUAUCCAACUUAUGAAUGCGCAUGAAUUUGAUCUUCAUGAUCUGAAAUUGCAAAUCAGAACGCAUCAGGGAGAAGUUGGUGAUGAUGCAUACGACGUUCCACCGCCAUUGCCCUUGUUUUCACAUUGUGGAACAUUGGAAAAGACCACUCGAAAGCUGAUUCCGGGUGAAACCUUGGACCAUUCAUGUGGACUCCUAUUUCUGUUCGCUGGUGAUUACAUCGUCGAUAUAACAUGCAAAGUUGACUCAGGCCCGUCAGUAUCUUUGAAGAGGCAAAGAUCGCGUCCCGUGACGACCAACGUAUCCACAACAGAUGGCAUGCCUCUUCUCAAUGAAGACUACCAGGUUUCGGUUGAUGGCACUGUUACCCCUUUAAAGCCAGAUGAAAUCAAAGAAGGCCCCGAGCGCAAAGUCCUGCACAAGCCAUUGCUUAACAAGUGGGAAAGAAGCAUCCUUAUCCACGUGGAAGAUACGCUUAGCAUUUGUGGGUAG